AUGAAUCAUUCAAAUUCAAAUUCAACAAGAACGGAAACAUCCUUCGCUAAAUCUUCAAAAAAAGCUUUUCCUAACUCAAAAAAUAUUGGCUACAAUUUUUCAUACGUUAACAAUCAUUACGAUAAUAACAGCAAUACGAACUUAUUAGCCAGUCAUUCGUACCAACACCAAAGAACAGAGUCGUCGGAUACUGUGGAGUUUUCGGCAUUCUCAUCAGAAAGUGAAGAAAGUGAUAACGGUGGAUCAGAAAGAGAGAAAACAAGGACAAUUAAGAAAUUAAAGGAGGUGAAGGUACAAAGAGCAGAAGAAAAAGUCAUGAAUCGGGAAAAUAAAAUAAAAAGUAACAUUAUCGAGUACGGAUAUACGGAUAGCAACGGAAAUGUUACAUCCCAAGACCGUAAUAGAAAAUGUGGAUGCAUUCCAAAGAAACUGAGAUUUUGGAAAAGGCGGCGUGAUACACUCCCCAUAAACAAUAAAUAUGUAAAAAAGGAGCAUCAUCGAGGAGAUGGAGUUGGAGGGAAUAACAGCAGCACAUCACCAAAUACACAAGAUUUGAGGACGACCGAAUCAAUAGUAUGCAUGAUAAUGCUGAGUUCUCAAACGAAAGAAUUUCCGUGUGAAGAAUGCACGGGUUAUCCGGGUGUUUUUUACAAUGUGAGCACAUUUUGUGUGUUAAAAGGCAUUUGGGCGAAUGCCAUAAAUAAGACCUCAUUAGAACAAGAUCUCGGAUGGAUGUCAAACAGCCGAUUUUGCGAAUGGGGCGGCGUCUCUUGUGAUAGCAACAAGAAUAUUAUUGCCCUAACCUUGAAAAACCCAUAUAUUACCAGCACCCUUUCCAAUGAUAUGGGAAAUCUGAUCACGCUUCAAAACUUGUCAAUAUCCGGUAGUGGGACAUUGCCAAGUGACAAAAUCCCAACAACAUUGUUCCAAUUACCCAAUUUAAUUUCGCUGAGCAUCGUUUCGACAGGGCUCACCGGGGGCAUUCCUGAUACCAUUAAUAACAUGACAUCUUUGAAGUUUUUGACCCUAUCAAAGAAUCAAAAUCUCGGUGGUGUUAUCCCUUCUUCCAUUGGAUUGUCGUCGUUAACAACUUUGAUCAUAUCAGGUCAAGGAAUCACCGGCACUAUUCCAAAUUUUUUGGGAGAAAGCAAGACUCUACAGCCAAAUCUUCAGAAUUUGGACCUGAGUCUAAACUCAUUGACGGGAACAAUACCACCGUCUUUGAUGCUCCUUAAUUCUAUAAAAUCCCUGGUUAUACAAGGAAACCGCUUAGAAGGUUCAAUUCCUUCGAUUGACUCUUCUAAAUUUCCUAGUCUAGUUGCUCUCGACCUGGGAACAAAUAAUUUGACGGGCACAAUUCCGAGUUCAAUAUCAACCCUGGAUAAUCUUAGAUCGUUACGUUUAACCGCGAAUAAAUUGACCGGAAGUAUUCCGUCAUCGUUUAAAAACCUAGAUAAUCUGAAAGAAUUAGAUUUGAGCAAUAAUAAAUUAAGUGGUAACAUACCCAUCGAAAUUGGUAGUAUAACAUUGGACACACUAAUUCUUUCGGAAAAUACGUUGACGGGUGCCAUUCCGGGUAAUAUAUGUCAAAGAACAUAUAAUCGAUGCGACCUAAGUUCAAAUAGUUUUUCCUCCACGGGUUCUAAGUGUGGACAAUGCUCCCUUUGA